UCUUUCUACUAUGCCAACUGGAAAUGUUUCAUACCAAACUAUCGGUAAGAUGUUUAUUUGGUUUCUUACUAAGUCAUUGCAAAGAUGCAAACUUUGUGGGCUGGCCUUCCCAGCACUAUAUAUCAAGUAGCCUCUGCCACAGACACUCCUGUCAGAAAGGAAAGGAAUUAGCGAGAAGCAUGAUGAGGAGCCUUGCCCUGUUUCUGUUGGUUGCAUUAACAGUCUUGGGAGGAAGUACAGAGGGCAGUGAGCGCCAUAAACAAGUUAAACGGGAAUCCUUAUCACGUUCCAAAAGAAGAUGGGUCCUGUCUACGAUAGAGCUAGAAGAGGAAAUGGACGUGAAAUACCCGUACAAAAUUGCUACGAUGCACAAUCUUAAGACAGCAGAUACAGAAUAUGAGUUUGAAAUAAAGGGAGAGGGUGUGAAAGAAGGACUGUUCAGCAUGAAUAAAACAACUGGAGAAGUCUAUGUACAUAGGCGCCUCGACAGGGAAAAGAAGAAAUCCUAUCACAUCACAUUUGAUAUCCUGGACAAAAUUACAAGGGAAAAAAUUGACCGAGAUCUGUCUUUUGAUGUGGAUGUAAAAGAUAAAAAUGACAACGCACCGAGAUUCACUAAUGAGUUUCAGAAAAGUUACGAUGUGAAAGAAAAUACGAAAGAAGGAGAAUACCUGCCAGUGAUCAUGGACAUUGUAGACGACGAUGAGCCAGGCACAAUUAACUCAACAGUAGUGGUCACUGUGGGUAAACAAAGCCCACCUGAACCAAAGAUUGGAGUAAAGAGAAUUAAUGACAGAAUACAUCAACUCGUAUCUGAAGGAUGCUUUGACUAUGAUAAAGAAAAACGCUUUUCGAUUGUUAUUAGUGCAUCUGAUUGUGGAAAGCCCCCAGUUUCCAGAACUGAAGUUAUUGAACUCAAUAUUAUUGACACAAACAGCCAUCCACCCACAUUUAAGAAGAGACAGUAUGAAGCUGAGGCUGUGGAAAUGCAAACCCCUGAUGAAAUUUUAAGAGUUGCAGUAGAGGAUAAGGACACUCCCAACACUGACGGAUGGCGAGCCAAGUACUCCAUUAUCAGCGGCAAUGAAGAUAACAUGUACAAAAUUACCACUGACCCUAUAACAAAUGAAGGGAUUCUUGGUGUUGUCAAGGCGAAGAAUUUUGACAUAACUACUUUGGUAAAACUGCAAAUCAGAGUUGAGAAUAUUGAACCUCUAAAAGUCUGUAAAGAUGGAAAAUUAAUUGAAGAUUUAAGCAACCUUCCACCAAAAGAUUCUGUCAACAUCACAGUGAAAAUGGUUGACACUAAUGACGCUCCGGUGUUUGAAAAAUAUACAGAAGAGUUAUACCAGACAGAGGAAUCAGAGAAAGGACAGGUGCUGUAUACUCCUAAGGUUAAAGAUGUUGACUCCCCUAACGUCAGGUUUAAACUGUUAGAAGACCCUGCUAAAUGGGUGACUAUUGAUGAAAAAACAGGAGCAAUCACAACAAUCGAGAAGAUGGAUAGAGAAUCACCUCAUGUAGACGAGAACAAUAUUUACAGAAUUGUUAUUGCUGCCAUAGAUGAUGGUUCACCUCCAGCCACAAGUACAUGCACAGUCAGUGUCCACCUCAGGGAUAUCAAUGACAACACUCCUGCGCUGCUCAACAAUACUGCCAUUUUGUGUUCAAACCAUGCUGACAAGGUCAUGGUGCGUGCUAAAGAUGCUGAUGCUGAGCCAUUCAGUGGCCCCUUCAGUUUCUCCUUGGCAGAUGGUAAAACUGUGAGUGAACGCUGGAAAAUAGAUCCUACCUAUGGUGAAGAGGUUGGCAUUGUUUUGCUGAAGAAAUCUGACUAUGGUAAAUACUCUGUGCCGAUACUGAUUCAGGACAAACAGAGUCAAGCUAAGGAGGAGAAAUUAUACAUUGAGGUUUGUGAGUGUGACGAAACUGGUGUUUGCCCAAAGAUCUUGUCAAUUGGCCUUGGUGACGCUGUCAUAGGAAUAAUUUGUGCAGGACUGCUUGCAUUUCUAUUAUUGCUCCUUCUUUUGAAGUGUAAUCAACGAAAAUAUAUACAGCCUAUCGGCAGUGAAGUUUACACUCAGACACUGAUGAAGUACAAUGACGAAGGACCAGGCACUGAUUGCCAUGCUGAGCCCAUCAUCUUACCAUCAAUCGUUACAGGGAGUAAUGUAGACGGCAUCAAGCUGGGCCAAACAAAGAUGAACUCCAACAUGAACCUAACAGAGUCUCAGCAAUUUGUUCACUUCCAAAGAAGCAAUAAGAAGAAUUAUACAAUGACUGCACAGACGAACCUAUUGGAGUCUCAGCGGUUGAGAAGCAUCCACAAAGGCAUGACGAGAAAUGCCAGACGCUCAACAGUGUCAUCCGGCAUGAGAAGCACAGUUCAGAGCGUCCCCUUCAGCCGUUCUCAGAGUACCUGGUCAGAUAAUCGUAUUAACGGUCUACUUCAGAGGACUCUUUCAGUGAUUUGUGAUAAAGAAUCAAACAGCCAAGAUGACAAUGUCAAGAUUUAUGAUUAUGAGGGGAAUGGCAACAGUUGCAUGUCACUGGAUGGGUUGUCAUCUGACGGCCAACAGGAUGAUUUAAGCUUUUUGAAUGAUCUCGGACCACAGUUCAAGACCAUGGAAAAGAUCAUUAUGGCAAACGAGCCCGAGCUUCCUAAAGCAGAGAUGUCUGGAAUUUAAUAUAAUCUCUCACACCCUCUAGUUUGGUAUUAAAAAGAGAUAUAAGGGGACGCUUUGAUAAGUGUAUAAGCAGAAUAGCUAGAUAAUCUACAUAUACAGAUCCUGCACCUUUAAAGUCAGGUCCAUGACUUUAAAGUCAUGCAAAUGAACAAAUGCAAUGUUCAUUUGCAUUUGUCCACCACAUAGAUUGUGUAUCAAAGCAGCUGCAGUUUCCUUGUUCUAUUAUGGAGAACUUUUCAGUUCUGAUACUUUGAAUGUAUUUUUUUCAACUACAGGUACACUUGUGGACUCAGAGAUUUUUUUUUAAUAACGUGUACAGUAUAUUAACUUUUCAUUUGUUAGGUUUCUUAAUGUUCUGGGUGUCUUCAUCUGGUGACACCCAGAACAUCUAGUGAAAGGACAUCCAGAUGAAGAAACUGACUUUCAGUUUCAGUUUGUAAGUCAGAUUUUUAAUUGUCUUUUCUGGGAAUGCUGAAAGAAUGUUUCUGAAAGUUUGACUUAAAACACCAACAGUACAAUGGGUUGCUAAGCCACAAAGAGUUCAAUAUUUAAAGUGUAGAAAGAGUUGCAGAUGUAUUGGAACUUCAGUUUAUCUCAUUGACCUUUGGCACACACAACCCUGUACUGUCUAUCUGUGAACAUCCAUGCUCUGACUUCUCAGACAAACUGAACACGGCAUAAGUGUUCCCCAACAGCUGACACGGUGCAACCCGUGUCACCAGUCCAGCAUGCUCUACUUUUUGAAGGCUCUACUUCAAAAAGUAGAACCUUCUUAUUGUGUGGUUGGGUAGACAGAAAAUUGUAAUGUUACAUUUCUGUUAGUUCUCAAUAAACUUGUCAAACAUC